UAGAUAAACCGUGCAUGUGAUGGUAUGUACCCGAUACACCUGUCCGUCGCGUCAUGGGAUUGAUCUAACACAAGUAUCGGAAUAUGCUUUGUAUAUAUCAAACAUUAUAUAGUUUAAGCAUGGGAUAAAUGAUCUGAUAACCUAAUUUAUGAUACUACGAUGCAAUCGCUUACUGUCUCAAUGGCGACGAGCAUGGAAGACCCAAUAGAAAAGAGGGAGAAGGAAGAGAGUGGUGCGCCACACUUCAGUUCGAAGUUAGGUCUGAUCUGUUCCUGUCUUGGUUGUGUGGUAGGAACUGGAAACAUAUGGCGCUUUCCAAGAAUUGUCGCCAACAACAGUGAAAAUGAAGGCGGUCUAGUAUUCCUGAUAGUGUGGAUGAUAUUCUUAUUCCUGUGGUCCAGUCCUAUGCUCAUUAUUGAGUAUGGAACUGGACGCUACACAAAGAAGGCUAUCAUCGGAUCCUUCCGCGAGCUGCUCGGUGAUAAGGCCGCUUGGUGUGGCGCAUGGAUAUCGAUGGUGACAUUUCUCAUAUCAUGUUACUAUUCUGUUGUCCUGGGCUGGUGUUUCUAUUAUGUUUUUUACUGCAUUGCCAAUGAACUUCCGGAUGACGACGUUGUCAGUACCGAAAUAUUCAAUGACUUUGCUAAAGAAAGUUAUUGGCCAAUCCUGACCCACGCACUGGCUUUGCUGACAGCAGGAUUUGCUGUAAUCAAGGGCGUCAAAACGUUUGAGAAAGUCAACAUGGUGUUAGUCCCGGUGCUGUUGCUGAUAAUCAUGUUUACGUUUGUUUGGUCCCUGACGAGAGAGUAUGCGGACUACGGAAUUAAGUUUCUCUUCACUCCGGAUUGGGAGUCACUCGGAAAGCCUCGUCUAUGGGUGGACGCUAUCAGCCAGAAUGCGUUUGAUACAGGUGCCGGGAUGGGGCUUAUGAUCCCGUACUCCUCGUUCAUGACACGUGAUCAUGCUAUUGUCAAGUACGCCACUCUGAUUCCAGCAACAAAUAACGUUGUCAGCCUGGUAUGCGGGAUGUUGAUAUUCUCUACCGUGUUUUCAACCCUAAUCACCAGCCGUCCGUCUAUUGGGAGGAAUGACAUCGUGACGAUCCUUAAGACUAGCGGCCCUGCUAGUACUGGUCUCACCUUUAUAUGGAUUCCUGUCCUGUUUUCAACAUUGGGAACGUUUGGACGAGUUCUCGCCAUUCUCUUCUUCUUUUGUCUGUCGUGUGCGGGAGUUACCUCCCUUAUAUCAAAUAUGGAGCUAGUUUGUCAUACACUUGAAGAUUUUGGGCUGCCUCGGAAGUUUGGUAUGCCCGGUACGGUAUUGUUGCUCUUUGGCGUAGGUGUGAUGUCAGCAGUCGACAUCAACAUAUUGACCAAUCAGGACUUUGUGUGGGCCUUUGCUCUACUCAUUAACGGACUUAUGCUCCAGUUCCUUGUCGUCAAGUACGGUUUAAACAAGUUCCGACUGGAUAUGUUCAAUAACUAUGGGACUGAUGACUGGAAACUCCCGAGCUUCUGGAAAUGGAUCGUCCUGAUUAUCGCCCCUAUAGAGGCAUUUGUCAUCUUGGUGUGGUGGGUAGUGGACUUGAUUCAGGACGAGGAUGAUGCAGAUGAUAAGUGGUACGAGUUCGGGACGGAGACUUUCAUGGUGACAAUAGUACAGUGGAUUAGUCUGGCACUGUUUGUAAUCCUGAUCAACAUGAUGUGGCUCUACUGUAAAAGACUAUACGGAAAAUCGGACGAAACGAUACGACUCCUAGGACACAACCGGAAGUCCUCAGCAGGGGAAUUGGAUUUCCAUCGAAGUGUGGGAGUCCCAGCCCAGGAAAUAACUGUGAAGGAUGUAAAACUUUGAUGUUGUUUGUUAAUUCAGGGCGCGUGCAAUAUUAGACCUUUGACCUUUACUGAAAACUCAUUGAUAAACAAUAACACGAUUGGUGUUAAACCAUGUAUGUGCAAUAUUUCCAUUUCCAACUGAAAAGAAAACGAUUGUGUCUUUAAUGAUUUGUUUGAUCAGUUUGGUAUAUGUUUUGGUAGACAACAAAAUGCAAAACAAUAUCUAAAAAUCAGAGUUGUGUGAGCGCGUUGGUAAAUGUUGCUGGUGCCAAAGGAAUGUGAACUGUUUGUUUUUGGUGUUCCUAAAAUAUUCAGGUAUAUGUGUGCCUAGCUAAAAUUAUGUGAAUUGUUCUUUACUUAUGUCCCUAGCCAAGGUUAUGUGAACUGUUUUAUAUUCGUUUCUUUUGCCAAAAAAAUGUGAACCGUUUGGUCGUGUGUCUCUAGAUAUUUCUAAUAUUUGUGUCCUGGCCAUUCACUAUACUACAGUGGCUACUCUCGCUUACGUCCUCUGCACACCUGACAUAUAUCAUAACACAAUUGAAGGUUCUAUACACGCCCUCUGGCGAAUGAUACAAAGUAGAAUAGGUUGUUUCUUUGAUGUACAUAAAAAACAGCGCGGCAGCAGAACGGUAAAAAUUGACUGGCUUUGAAGUCGGGUGUCGCGACUUUGUGGUCUCCAAAAGAUCGGUAUCAGCCAUGCGAUUGUUCAGAAGACCAUUCAAAUAGCUAGCCGUGUGUCUUCAAUUUUGCUAUGUCAUAUUCCAGGGUUGCAGAGAGCGUAAGUGAGUAUAACCCUUGGAGUAUCGGAUAUGUUCUCUAGCCAAAAUGAUAUGAACUGUUUUGUAUUUUUGUCCCUAGCCAAAACGAUGUUAACCGAGGGAGAAAAAAUGACCAACUGUUGGUGUCCCUAACCAAAUUAACCUGACUUAUUUGUUUGUGUCAAUAGCAUGUUUUUGAAUUUCUGUCCAUACACAAAAUGACCAACUGUUGGUGUCCCUAACCAGAUUAACCU